CCUUCACCUUCGAAGCCCGCCGCAGUUGACGCAAAGUCCGACGCCGCUGUCCAGUCAUCGCCGCCAUUGACACGAAGUCCGCCGCUGCAGGAGAUCUUCUUCUCUUCUUCGAAGAUCAGAUCCACAAUGAUACAGGCCAGAUUUGAGUGUUUGAUGCCAGGAUUGCCAGCUUACUUGGGAUGGUGGCUAGAUCUACAAAGGCAGUGGUUGGCGGCCGGUGGAACGACGACGCCCGUUACAUCUGCAGCGGCAACAACCAUAUGUACAGCGGCGGCAGUCAGAUCUGAAACGGCGGCCGUUUUUGAGGUGGCGGCGACCGACGGC